GACGGUGGAUACGUGUGGCAGCGGCGGCGGCAGCGAUGGAGAAGUACGAGAAGAUCAAAGUUGUGGGACGAGGAGCUUUCGGGAUCGUUCACCUGUGCCGCAGGCGCAGCGACGGGGCCUUUCUCAUCCUGAAGGAAAUCCCAGUGGAGCAGAUGUCACGAGACGAGCGUCUGUCGGCUCAGAACGAGUGUCAGGUGCUGAAACUGCUCCACCACCCGAACAUCAUCGAGUACUAUGAGAACUUCCUGGAAGACAAGGCCCUCAUGAUAGCCAUGGAGUAUGCACCAGGAGGGACUUUGGCUGAUUACAUACAGAAGCGCUGUAACUCUCUGCUGGACGAGGACACGAUCCUUCACUUCUUUGUGCAGAUCCUCCUCGCCUUGUACCACGUCCACAACAAACUCAUCCUGCACAGGGACCUCAAGACGCAAAACAUUCUUCUCGACAAGCACCAGAUGAUCGUCAAAAUCGGGGACUUUGGCAUCUCCAAAAUCCUCGUCAGCAAAAGCAAAGCCUACACUGUUGUUGGGACCCCAUGCUACAUCUCCCCAGAGCUGUGUGAAGGGAAACCUUACAACCAGAAGAGUGACAUCUGGGCUCUGGGCUGCGUGCUGUAUGAGCUAGCGAGCCUGAAGAGAGCCUUUGAGGCCGCUAAUCUACCCGCCCUCGUUCUGAAGAUCAUGAGCGGCACAUUCGCUCCAAUUUCCGAUCGGUACAGCCCAGAACUGCGGCAGCUCAUUCUCCACAUGCUCAAUCUGGAUCCAUCCAAACGUCCUCAGCUCAAUGAGAUAAUGGCCCUCCCCAUAUGCAUCAGGCCCCUGCUUAACCUCUACACGGAUAUAGGCAACGUCAAAAUGCGCAGGAUCGAGAAACCACUGUCAACAAUGCACCCUUGUCACCAGGGCAGAGCAGGAGGCAGAGUUCCCGGCAACAGGUCCAGAGAUGGAUCAUUCGGUUUAGGAUCGGGGAAGGUGCACUCCCUGCCCCUGUCCUCGGUGUACACGUGGGGAAGUGGCAUCUCGACGCCGCUGCGUCUGCCAAUGCUCAACACCGAGGUGCUGCAGGUGUCCCUGGGCCGCACCCAGAGGAUGGGGGUCACCAAGUCCGGCCGUCUGAUCACCUGGGAGGCGCCAUCUGUGGGAUCCGGUGAGGCCAGUCUGCCCGGUGUGGUGGAGCAGAUGCAGCCUCAGUUCAUCUCUCGCUUCCUCGAGGGUCAGUCUGGAGUCACCAUCAAGUCUGUGUCCUGUGGCGAUCUCUUCACCACCUGCAUGACAGACAGGGGCAUCAUUAUGACGUUUGGAAGUGGGAGCAAUGGCUGUCUAGGACACGGUAACUUCAACGAUGUAACACAGCCUAAGAUAGUCGAGGCCCUCCUCGGCUACGAGCUGGUUCAGGUGUCGUGCGGCGCUUCCCACGUUCUCGCCGUGACCAAUGAAAGAGAAGUAUUUGCCUGGGGAAGAGGAGACAAUGGUCGCCUGGGGCUCGGGGACCAAGAAACCCACAACUCUCCGCAGCAGGUGUGUUUACCUGUGGAAUUUGAGGCCCAGAGGGUCAUGUGUGGAGUCGACUGUUCCAUGAUUGUCAGUACCCAACACAGAAUUAUGGCGUGUGGAAGCAACAGGUUCAAUAAGCUCGGGUUGGAUAAGAUAACAGCCGAAGAGGAACCAAAUCCCUCAAACCAAGUGGAAGAAGUUAAUUCGUACAGCCCCAUCCAAUCAGCGCCGCUCGACUCUGAGAGGAUCACUUACAUUGACAUUGGAACGUCCCACUCUGUUGCUGUUACAGACAGGGGUCAGUGCUUCACCUUUGGCAGUAACCAGCACGGCCAGAUGGGCUGCAGCUCCCGCCGCAGCAGCCGUGUGCCCUACCCGGUACCCGGCAUGCAGGGCAUCGCCAUGGCUGCCUGCGGAGACGCUUUCACCUUAGCUAUUGGAUCUGAAGGGGAGGUGUACACCUGGGGAAAGGGGGCCCGCGGUCGCCUCGGCAGGAAAGAGGAGGAUUCUGGGAUACCGAAGGCAGUGCAGCUUGAUGAAAGUCACCCGUUCAUGGUGACAUCAGUGGCUUGUUGUCAUGGCAACACUCUGCUGGCAGUGAAACCUUUGCUCGAGGAUUCUGUCCAGAGAUGAGUUUGUCCUGAAGAAGAACCGGCUCAGCGGCCGUCCCGCAGCCCGGCGGUCCUGUGAGGUGACGGCUUCCUCCUCCAGCUGCGGUUCUGUUGAAAGAUUUCUUUUCAUACUGCAGCUGCAGCUUCAGGUUUUCACUUGGUCUUUCUCCUCUGUAUCUAUGCUUUUUUUUCAGGGAUGAAUGUUUGUGCCUCAUUCUGUGUCUCUCAUGGAGCAAAGGUCACAACCUGAGUAUCUCCCAACCAGGUUGGAUAAAGAGAGGUUGUAACACUGUGACUGAAGCCGGACUGCAGGAAGUCAUUAGGCCGCUUUCAUGUGGUGAACUAUUGUCCUCUUCCACGUGCAGCGUGAGCAUGAUAAACCAUGGGACUGGUUGGAGCUCUGUUAAGUCACUGGUGAAUGUGAUGAUACAAAGCACAGAGCAGAAAAGAAAAGAAAGGAGCCACUUGGGAGUUCAUCAGUCAAAUGAACCAAAUGCAUUCAUCUGCAGCACGUCCUCAGUGGUCACAUUGUGCUUUAUUGGAUUAACCCUCACUUACAUUUGUAACCCAGUGUUCGGACCAGAUAACGACCUGUUGUUCAGGGUAACACAGAAACAAGCUUUCAUGGUGUUAAAGGGAAUGACUGUGUUCGAACCCACUCACUCACCUCUUCCUUUUCUAUGGGGAAAAGUAAACACAGAUUUCAGACACCAUCUAUUGAGUAAUCUACAUGUCGGGGGAUCGUUAGUUGGAUGAACUGUUUUCAGUUUUCAGUAUAAAUGUUUGAGGAGCACUCACUUGGACAAUCUGAACACUCACAGAAUACGAUGGACAAUAGAUAUAGUGCAAUAUGCAUUAACUAGGUAGUGAUAUUUUAAAUGAGAUGAUAUAUUAUAUAAAUGUGUAAUAUAUUAGUAUUACUAAUAGAAAUCUCUAAAGUAACAAAAACUGCCAAGUAUAGAGUGUAUAGAGAGUAUAAACUACAAUAUUUACAUCUGAAACAUAGUAAAGUGUAAAAUAUUCGAUUCCAUAAAAUGAAAAUACUCAAGUUAAGUUUAAAUACCUCAGGAUCGUAUGUAGUUGCAGUAUUUAACACCACUGGUGCCUUGGAGUCAAAUAUUUGUAGUAAAAUAAAAUGUUUUUUCAACUAUUAGCAAAUGCAGUUAUCAAAAGAUUUUCUAGUGUUAAAGCUUUUAAAAACACUUCUGGUAAAGGGAAAAAUCACAUUUAGUAAUUCUAGUGUAUUUUAUAUAUGUGUAUAUUAGUGUAUGUUGCAUUAGAGGACGGUUUCACUGUGAAUGAGCCUUAAAUUAGAGACGUUGAGGUUUUCAGAAACUGAAAUGUUAUUACAUCUUUUUAAUAUCAAAACCAAAAGCUGCUGAAAUAUUUAUAUAUAUUUAGGUACAAGUGGAUAGGAAACGUCUGUAUCUGAACUGAGAAGUUUGAGCUUAAAAUAAAACCUCAUCAGUUGAAAAUUAUGAGAUUAAAAUCAACAUCAAGCCAAAUAUGAACCACAGGAUUUCUCAGCGACAGUCUGAUUAUACCUUUGCUUUACUCUGCCCCCACAGUCUCACAUUAAUCACCUGUUUCAUUAUGUACGUUCCUUUAUACUUUGAUUAACAGACUAAUGAUCAGCCGCUAUGACUGUUGUAAUUAUCGUGAUAUAUAAUCAGUUAAUAUGUUGUAAUUAAUUCAUGUAUAUUUGAAUCUGAAUAUAUAUAUUUUAUUUUUCAAAAUGUAAUCUAAUUUUUUAUGUAAUUAUUGAUUAUUCACAUCUUCUAUGACGACAUGGACCAUUUACUGUGGUUGCUUUGUGUGAUGAUGUAAUGAUGAUGUAAUCCGGUGGUAACACAGGAUCCAGUUGUGAGGAUAUGAAAAGGAUGUGCACUUGAUUUUUUUUCAUCAGUAUUCUAACUAAAGUCAAGCAUUUAUUUUAAAUAUGUAUAUUUAUACUGGUCACAUUUGUAUCAUGAAUUAAUAAUAAAAUAAAGACAAAAUACAGAA